GGGACGGGGACGCUGCGCGCGCGGAGCCAUGGAAUCGGAGGAGGAGCAGCACAUGACCACGCUGCUGUGCAUGGGCUUCUCGGACCCGGCCACCAUCCGCAAGGCCCUGCGCCUGGCCAAGAACGACAUCAACGAGGCCGUGGCCUUGCUCACCAACGAGAGGCCCGGUCUGGACUACGGAGGUUACGAGCCCAUGGAUAGCGGAGGCCCCGGACCGGGACCCGGGGGAGGUGGAGUUGGAGGUGGAGGAGGCCCGCGGGGGGACGGCGGCGGCGGCGGCGGCGACGGUGGCUGCGGUGGUCCAUCCCGCGGCGGCGGGAGCGGCGGAGGCGGUGGGGGUGGCUUCGAUCCCCCGCCCGCCUACCACGAGGUGGUGGACACCGAGAAGAACGAUGAAAAUGGAAACUGCUCAGAGGAAGGAAUUGAAUUCCCUACGACAAAUUUAUAUGAACUGGAAAGCCGUGUUCUGACGGAUCACUGGUCCAUCCCUUACAAGCGAGAAGAGUCACUGGGCAAAUGUCUGUUAGCUUCUACCCACCUCGCCACACUUGGUCUUUCGGAGUCUGAUGAAAAUUGUAAAAGAUUUAUGGAUAGAUGUAUGCCUGAAGCAUUUAAAAAGCUCCUGACGUCAAGUGCAGUCCACAAGUGGGGCACGGAGAUUCAUGAAGGGAUCUACAACAUGCUGAUGUUGUUGAUAGAGCUGGUUGCGGAGCGGAUAAAGCAGGACCCGAUUCCCACCGGUCUCCUGGGCGUGCUCACGAUGGCUUUCAAUCCUGAUAAUGAAUACCACUUUAAGAACAGAAUGAAAGUGUCGCAAAGGAACUGGGCAGAAGUGUUCGGCGAGGGAAAUAUGUUUGCUGUUUCACCUGCGUCUACUUUCCAGAAGGAGCCUCACGGAUGGGUUGUAGACUUGGUAAAUAAGUUUGGAGAAUUAGGUGGAUUUGCAGCCAUCCGAGCCAAACUCCAUUCAGAAGAUAUGGAACUUGGGGCUGUUUCAGCGCUGGUGCAGCCCUUGGGAGUGUGCGCAGAGUACCUGAACCCCUCCGUCGUGCAGCCCAUGCUGGACCCAGUCAUCCUGACCACGAUCCAGGAUGUGCGCAGCGUAGAGGAGAAAGACCUCAAAGACAAGAGAUUGGCCAGCAUCCCCGAGCUCUUGUCUGCCAUCAAGUCACUUUGCAUGCGCUUUCAGCCGGGCCUGGCGACGGUCGUGGAUGACCUCCGACUUGACAUCCUGCUGCGCAUGCUCAGAUCGCCACAUUUUAGUGCUAAGAUGAAUUCUCUCAAAGAAGUAACCAAACUAAUAGAAGAUAGCACCUUAUCCAAGUCUGUGAAGAAUGCCAUAGAUACAGAUCGAUUAUUAGAUUGGCUAGUUGAAAAUUCAGUUUUGUCAAUUGCACUAGAAGGAAACAUAGACCAGGCGCAGUACUGCGACCGCAUCAAAGGGAUCAUUGAGCUCCUGGGCAGUAAAUUGUCUCUGGACGAGCUCACCAAGAUCUGGAAGAUACAGUCGGGGCAGCCGUCCACUGUAAUCGAGAACAUUCACAGCAUCGUUGCUGCUGCUGCUGCGAAGUUUAACUCGGAUCAGCUCAACCACCUGUUUGUCCUCAUCCAGAAGAGCUGGGAGACCGAGAAUGACCGAGUGAGGCAGAAGCUGCUGAGUCUGAUUGGACGGAUAGGCCGGGAAGCGCGCUUUGAGGCCACUUCUGGAAAGGUUUUGGAUGUUCUCUGGGAACUGGCUCACCUGCCAACCUUGCCCAGUAGCCUCGUUCAGCAAGCCUUGGAGGAGCACCUGACCAUCCUCAGUGACGCCUACGCCGUGAAGGAGGCCGUCAAGAGGAGCUACAUCAUUAAGUGCAUAGAAGACAUCAAAAGGCCCGGAGAGUGGUCAGGUUUGGAAAAAAACAAGAAGGAUGGAUUCAAGUCUUCGCCGCUGAAUCACCCCCAGUUUGUGUGGGUGGUGCCCGCGUUGCGUCAGCUCCAUGAAAUCACCCGCUCCGUCAUAAAGCAGACCUACCAGAAGCAAGACAAGAGCAUUAUUCAAGACCUGAAGAAAAAUUUUGAGAUUGUGAAAUUGGUCACAGGAAGCCUGAUAGCUUGUCAUCGCCUCGCAGCGGCCGUGGCUGGGCCUGGGGGCCUGAGUGGCCUGACGCUUGUGGAUGGCCGCUACACUUACCGGGAGUAUUUAGAGGCACAUCUGAAAUUCCUGGCAUUUUUCUUACAAGAAGCUACACUGUAUCUGGGGUGGAACCGAGCCAAGGAAAUCUGGGAAUGCCUUGUGACUGGCCAGGAUGUUUGCGAGUUAGAUCGAGAGAUGUGCUUUGAGUGGUUCACCAAAGGGCAGCACGACCUGGAGAGCGAUGUCCAGCAGCAGCUCUUCAAGGAGAAGAUUCUGAAACUGGAGUCCUAUGAAAUCACCAUGAAUGGCUUUAACUUAUUUAAGACAUUUUUUGAAAAUGUGAAUCUCUGUGAUCAUCGAUUAAAAAGACAAGGAGCUCAGUUGUACGUAGAAAAGCUGGAAUUGAUAGGAAUGGAUUUCAUCUGGAAAAUUGCCAUGGAGUCACCCGAUGAAGAAAUUGCAAACGAAGCGAUUCAGUUAAUCAUAAACUAUAGUUACAUUAACCUAAAUCCGCGGCUGAAGAAGGAUUCAGUGUCUUUGCAUAAGAAAUUCAUUGCUGACUGCUAUACAAGACUAGAAGCAGCGAGUUCAGCACUUGGUGGCCCCACAUUAACACAUGCUGUGACCAGAGCCACAAAAAUGCUUACGGCCACUGCCAUGCCUACUGUAGCAACAUCAGUUCAGUCUCCAUACAGAUCAACAAAACUUGUGAUAAUUGAGAGAUUGCUGCUUCUGGCAGAACGCUAUGUGAUCACAAUAGAGGAUUUUUACUCUGUUCCACGAACAAUUCUACCUCAUGGUGCCUCAUUUCAUGGACAUCUUUUAACUCUUAAUGUCACCUGUGAGUCUACCAAAGACACCUUCCCUGUAGAGGCCCACAGUAAUGAAACCAUAGGCAGUGUCCGGUGGAAGAUAGCCCGACAGCUGUGCUCUCCUGUGGACAACAUUCAGAUCUUUACGAAUGAUAGUCUGCUGACCGUGAACAAGGAUCAGAAGCUCCUGCACCAGCUGGGCUUCUCCGACGAGCAGGUCCUCACCGUGAAGACGUGCGGCAGCGGGACGCCCUCGGGGAGCUCGGCCGACUCCUCGGCCAGCUCCAGCAGCAGCAGCAGCGGGGUUUUCAGCUCGUCCUACGCCAUGGAGCAGGAGAAGUCCCUGCCCGGUGUGGUGAUGGCUCUUGUGUGCAAUGUGUUUGACAUGCUGUACCAGCUUGCCAACCUAGAGGAGCCAAGGAUAACUCUGCGAGUCCGAAAGCUUCUGCUCCUGAUUCCCACUGAUCCAGCCAUUCAGGAAGCCCUGGAUCAGCUCGAUUCUUUAGGCAGAAAGAAGACACUGCUAUCAGAAACAAGCGCCCAGUCUUCAAAGUCCCCAGCCCUGUCCCCCAAGCAGCCGCAGCCGCAGCCGCAGCCGAGCGCCAGCUCCGUCCUGGAGAGCCUGUUUCGCUCUUUUGCUCCGGGAAUGUCGACCUUCAGAGUUCUCUACAAUUUGGAAGUUCUAAGCUCCAAGCUCAUGCCAACAGCUGAUGAUGACAUGGCAAGAAGCUGUGCAAAAUCUUUCUGCGAGAACUUCCUCAGAGCAGGAGGUCUAAGUCUGGUCGUGAAUGUCAUGCAGAGGGACUCCAUCCCGUCGGAAGUGGACUGCGAGACGAGGCAGGGCGUGUACUCCAUCUGCCUGCAGCUGGCAAGAUUUCUGCUUGUGGGACAGACCAUGCCCACAUCACUAGAUGAAGACCUCACCAAAGACGGCACGGAAGCCCUGUCUUCCCGCCCGUUCCGGAAUGUGAGCCGGCAGACAAGCAGACAGAUGUCCUUGUGCGGCACCCCGGAGAAGUCCUCCUUCCGGCAGCUGUCGGUGUCCGACAGGUCCUCCAUCCGCGUCGAGGAGAUCAUCCCUGCCGCUCGCGUCGCCAUACAAACUAUGGAAGUAAGCGACUUCACGUCGACUGUGGCUUGCUUCAUGAGAUUGUCAUGGGCUGCAGCUGCGGGGCGGCUCGACCUUGUGGGAAGCAGCCAGCCAAUUAGAGAAAGCAACUCUCUGUUUCCUGCUGGAAUUCGAAACAGACUCAGCAGUUCAGGCAGCAACUGCAGCUCCGGAAGUGAAGGGGAGCCGGUCGCCCUGCUCGCGGGGAUCUGUGUCCGGCAGCAGGCCGUGUCCACCAAGGACGCCCUCAUCGCCGGGGAGGCGCUCUCCCUUCUUGUCACGUGCCUCCAGCUCCGGAGCCAGCAACUAGCAUCUUUCUAUAAUUUGCCCUGUGUUGCUGAUUUUAUCAUCGAUAUUCUGCUUGGAUCACCAAGUGCCGAGAUCCGCCGGGUCGCCUGCGAUCAGCUGUAUACUCUCAGUCAGACAGACACGUCCGCCCAUCCAGAUGUGCAGAAGCCAAAUCAGUUCCUGCUGGGCGUGGUCCUCACUGCCCAGCUGCCCCUCUGGUCCCCGACCAGCAUCAUGAGAGGAGUCAAUCAGAGGCUUCUGUCUCAGUGUGUGGAGUAUUUUGACCUGAGGUGCCAGUUACUAGAUGAUCUGACAACUGCAGAAAUGGACCACUUACAAAUCAGCCCAGCUACCAUGCUUGAAGAUGAGAUCACGUGGUUGGAUAACUUUGAACCUAACCGCACCGCAGAGUGUGAGACCAGCGAGGCAGACAACAUCUUACUGGCAGGACAUUUGCGGCUUAUUAAGACGCUCCUUUCGCUAUGUGGGACAGAAAAGGAAAUGCUCGGCUCAUCGCUCAUCAAACCCUUGCUAGAUGACUUCCUCUUCCGAGCUUCCAGAAUUAUCUUGAACAGCCAUUCUCCAGCUGCCAGUGCCGCCAUCAGUCAACAGGACUUUCAUCCAAAGUGUAGCACAGUGAAUAGCCGAUUGGCAGCCUAUGAAGUCCUUGUGAUGUUGGCUGAUAGCUCGCCUUCAAAUCUUCAGAUUAUUACCAAAGAGCUCCUUUCUAUGCACCACCAGCCCGACCCGGCUCUGACCAAAGAGUUUGACUUCCUCCCCCCAGUGGAUGGCCGAUCCAGUUCCGGGUUUGUGGGGCUGAGGAACGGUGGUGCGACUUGCUACAUGAAUGCGGUCUUCCAGCAGCUCUACAUGCAACCUGGGCUCCCUGAGUCAUUGCUUUCAGUGGACGAUGAGACAGACAAUCCAGACGAUAGCGUGUUUUACCAAGUCCAGUCUCUCUUUGGGCACCUGAUGGAAAGCAAGCUGCAGUACUAUGUCCCUGAGAACUUUUGGAAGAUCUUCAGGAUGUGGAACAAAGAGCUGUACGUGCGGGAGCAGCAGGACGCGUAUGAGUUCUUCACUAGCCUCGUUGACCAGAUGGAUGAGCAUCUCAAGAAAAUGGGGAGAGACCAAAUUUUUAAGAAUACUUUCCAGGGCAUCUAUUCUGAUCAGAAGAUCUGUAAAGACUGUCCUCACAGAUAUGAACGUGAGGAAGCUUUCAUGGCUCUCAACCUGGGAGUCACUUCUUGUCAAAGCUUGGAAAUUUCUUUGGACCAGUUUGUUAGAGGAGAAGUUCUGGAAGGAAGCAAUGCAUACUACUGUGAAAAGUGUAAAGAAAAGAGAAUAACAGUGAAAAGAACCUGUAUCAAGUCUUUACCUAGUGUCUUGGUAAUUCACCUCAUGAGGUUUGGAUUUGACUGGGAGAGUGGACGCUCCAUCAAAUAUGAUGAACAAAUAAGGUUCCCCUGGGUGCUGAACAUGGAGCCGUACACAGUCUCGGGAAUGGCUCGCCAGGACUCGUCGUCCGAAGUUGGGGAAAAUGGGAGAAGUAUGGAUCAAGGCAGCGGAGGAUCCCCGCGGAAGAAAGUCGCCCUCACGGAGAACUAUGAGCUUGUUGGUGUCAUUGUGCACAGCGGGCAGGCGCACGCGGGCCACUACUACUCCUUCGUCAAGGACAGGCGGGGCUGUGGAAAAGGAAAGUGGUAUAAGUUUAAUGACACCGUUGUGGAAGAGUUUGACCUAAGUGAUGAAACCCUGGACUACGAGUGCUUUGGAGGAGAGUACAGACCAAAAGUCUACGAUCAAACAAACCCGUACCCUGACGUGCGUCGAAGGUACUGGAACGCCUACAUGCUGUUCUACCAGAGGGCGUCGGACCAGAGCUCGCCCGUGCUGCCGAAGAAAAGCCGAGUGGGCGUCGUGAGGCAGGAGGACCUCUCCCUGUCAGCUCCAUCUUCACCAGAGAUUUCGCCCCAAUCGUCUCCUCGGCCCCAUAGGCCAAACAAUGAUCGACUCUCCAUUCUAACCAAGCUAGUUAAAAAGGGGGAGAAGAAAGGGCUAUUUGUGGAGAAAAUGCCAGCUCGAAUAUACCAGAUGGUAAGAGAUGAAAACUUAAAGUUCAUGAAGAACAGGGAUGUGUACAGCAGUGACUAUUUCAGCUUUGUGCUGUCCCUGGCGUCGCUGAACGCUACGAAAUUAAAGCAUCCAUACUAUCCUUGCAUGGCCAAGGUCAGCUUGCAGCUUGCCGUUCAGUUCCUUUUCCAAACAUACCUACGGACAAAGAAAAAACUCAGAGUCGAUACGGAAGAGUGGAUUGCUACCAUCGAAGCGUUACUUUCCAAAAGUUUUGAUGCUUGCCAGUGGCUGGUUGAGUACUUCAUUGGUUCUGAAGGACGAGAAUUGAUAAAGAUUUUCUUGUUGGAGUGCAGUGUGAGAGAAGUACGUGUUGCUGUCGCCACCAUUCUGGAGAAGACCCUGGACAGUGCCUUGUUUUAUCAAGACAAGCUAAAAAGCCUUCACCAGUUACUGGAAGUACUGCUGGCUCUCUUGGAUAAAGAUGUCCCCGAAAAUUGUAAAAACUGCGCUCAGUACUUUUUCCUGUUCAACACUUUUGUACAAAAGCAAGGGAUCAGGGCUGUGGACCUACUCCUGAGGCACUCGGCGCUUCGGCACAUGGUCACCUUCCUCCUCGGGGCCAACCGGCAGAGCACUCAGAUCCGCCGAUGGAGUUCAGCGCAAGCUCGGGAAUUUGGGAAUCUCCAUAACACUAUUGCGUUGCUUGUCUUGCAUUCGGAUGUCUCUUCCCAGAGGAAUGUCGCUCCCGGCGCAUUUAAACAGCGGCUGCCUGCCAGCGUGGCUCCCUCCAGCCCCCUGCUGCCCCUCCACGAGCAAGUGGAAGCCUUGCUGUUCUUGUCUGAAGGGAAACCGUACCUGCUGGAGGUCAUGCUCGCCCUGCGAGAGCUGACGAGCUCCCCCGUGGCGCUCAUCGAGAUGGUCGCCUACUGCUGCUUCUGUAACGAGCACGUCUCCUUCACAGUGCUGCACUUCAUUAAGAAUCAGCUGGAAACCGCUCCCCCGCACGAGUUGAAGAGCACGUUCCAGCUGCUUCACGAGAUCCUGGUCAUUGAAGACCCCAUACAAGUAGAGCGAAUCAAAUUCGUGUUUGAGACAGAAAACGGAUUACUAGCUUUGAUGCACCACAGCAACCACGUGGACAGCAGUCGGUGCUACCAGUGUGUCAAAUUUCUUGUCACUCUGGCUCAGAAGUGUCCUGCUGCUAAAGACUACUUCAAGGAGAAUUCCCACCACUGGAGCUGGGCCGUGCAGUGGCUGCAAAAGAAGAUGUCAGAGCACUAUUGGACACCACAGAGCAAUGUCUCCAAUGAAACCUCAACUGGAAAAACCUUCCAGCGAACCAUUUCAGCUCAGGACACGCUGGCCUACGCCACAGCUUUGCUGAAUGAAAAAGAGCCGUCGGGAAGCAGCAAUGGCUCGGAGAGCAGCCCCGCCAACGAGAACGGAGAGAGGCACCUGCAGCAGGGUUCAGAGUCUCCCAUGAUGAUUGGUGAGUUAAGAAGCGACCUUGACGAUGUCGAUCCGUGAACAGUGUGCCCAGCACCUGACAGGACAGGCUGAUAAGCUCCUUUUGGAAAGCAAAACCUCAUCCUUGAAGCCCUUAGAAGGGCCCGCAGGCAGCUCCCAAGAGUGUGUGAGUGGAGGACCGUGUGUUCGGAAGGAAAGCCUUCUGUGGCCCCUGGAAGGCUGGGGGGCUUGCUUGGUGGUGGGAGAGCACCGGUGUCUGGACCCACUGCCGCGGGUCCGUGUGGAUUAACAUCUGAGGAGACUGCAGGAGCGAAGCCGUGGCCCACUUCUGGUACAUGAACACACAAGUGAGGACAAAGCCUUGGCUUUCCUUGUGAUGUGAUAGAAAAAAAGUCUCGAUUUUUUAUAUUUUAAGGAAAAAAAUAACAAGAUAACAAAAGCAAGCAGCCUUUAGAUUUAUGGGCAAAUUUUUAAUCUUGCAGUAACAUUAAAUAGAAAUAUCCAAUUUAAGAUGAUGUAAAGAUGUGGUAAAAUAUCUUUUUGUUGUAAAAUAGUUGUUGAAUCCAGUUUACAUAGACCCUUGUAUUUAAUAUGUCUCCCUCUUUGUACAGAAUUUCUGAUCUGUUAGUUUGAGAGCUGUGGGUAUUGUCUUGGAUCUUGAAAAACGUUAGUAGCAUCAAAAAGUGGGAAAUCGCUCAGCUCCUGAGUUAUUUUCUGGGAUGGUUAAGGCGGGAAGCGUGGCGAACACUGUGUUCUUCGCAGCCUAGGCCACGACCACUAGAGAAGGUGCACGUUGUUCCCAAGACGGACUUCGCAGCGACCACAUUAAGAGCACUUUAAAAUAUAGUUUUAUUGAGUUCGACUUCACAAGAUUAUCUUUUUAAUGCUUGGAGACAUAUUGAAUAAAUGGUUGUCUGGAGUCAUGUGAUCUGCAAUCAUUUGAUUUUGCUUAAGCGUGAUUACUGUGCCCUUGUGUUGCUUGUACGUGGAGCUCACAGCCUCGGUCAGUGACACUGCUUCGAGGGGCUCAGCGUACUUUACUGCAGAAAGGAACUCAAGACUCGGCUUCUCCUCAGUGUCACCAAUACUGAAGAGGCGAGGUGUAAGGCCUGCUGUCCUAGAAAUAAGUAGAAAACAGCUCACACCCAUCCGGCUUGUUCUAGUGCCCCAUAGCAGCAGUCGCUCCCUUCAGGGCCGGGUGUGAGGCCACUUUCUGUGUUUUCUAUCUUGAGUUGCUGGCAGUUCCGCCUGCCUCGCCUUCAUUUACGUGUUCUGCCUGAUUUGCCACUGUCAUGUCACUAGAUUUGCCAAGUCAGAGAGGCACAGCCGGCCCCAAAGUGCCUUUUUGGUCGCUUUUCAUUCCUGGGGACACAGGGACAACAUGGCAGGGCUGUGCACUCUCAGAGACCAUGCACCUCACUGCUCCCCUGUGGUGGAGGUUCCUGGGCAGCCAGCCGGCCGCCUCAGUUUGUAAUUCCAUGACCUGCCGCAAGCCAGUGCUGGCUUCUGUCCAAGCCCACAGCAGACAGACGGAAGAGCCGCCUUGCAGAGCCGUGUCCUCAGGGAAGCGGGCAGAGAGAGGCAAGGAGCAAGUUGGGUGUGGUUCCGCUGUUAGAGCCGGGUUCGAAUGUGACGGUCUGAAGUUGAUUGUGAAUACCCGAACACCCGUGUGUCCCGCUGUUUCCCUCCCCGACUCACCUUCUCUCCACACCCGUCCUCCAGAAAGGUUGUGUGGGACCCGCAUUGAGACGCCGGCGAUGAUGCACGGUGGGAUGUCAUCGCCGGCAGCCGCACUCAGGAGCCCGAAUUCAGGAGUGGAAUGCCACUUGUAGUCAAUCCCUUCAUUUCCUAUGGAAACGAUGCCUUCUGCGCCCGCUCCGUGCCUCGGGGUCCCUGUCGCUCCCCACUCGGGUCCUGCUUGUUACCUUGCUGCUGCGAGAUCACCCUGUCCACUGCGCCAGCACCCAAGAAGCCCGCUGAAGGCUUCAGUGCAGCGCCACGACGCGGCCUACUGUGACAGGCUUGCCUUGAAGGAGUUCUCGUUUUUACUGCCAAUGUUUGGACGAAGAUGUUUUUAUAACCUUUCACAGUGGUUGGCAAGUGAGCAGGAAUUGCACAAUCAACUGGAUGCCGUGUCUUCUUAAGGAACCCUCAAGCCCCAGCUGACCGUCAUCCUGACCCCAAGGCACCUCGGGACAGACAAGCGAGUCGUUCUCAUGUGGCUGUCCUGGCAGGACUGACGGACGUGGUCAGCGACACCCAGAAGAAGCCGUAGAGCCACCAGACUCACCCGGCCCUCCCUGGUGACGCCCAGGUGUGCGCAGGACCUUUUGAGCUUGGAACAAGCAGACUGGAAUUUUCCUCUGCUACCUCUUGUGUACAAAACAAACAAACAAACAAACAAAAUCUUUGUUUAUAAAAUUUCAAAAGGAAGUAGUUAAACUAGGAGAGACUCCGAGUUCUAAAUCUGGUUUGUGUGUGGCCGAGUUCUUAGGAAGCCUCUGAGAGUAUCAAAUAAAUUUUUCAAAAAUGUA